AUGUCGCGUGUGUCCGGCGAGGAGGAGUGGCCCCUGGCCAACGCCCCCGGACCGCGGUCCAAGGCGUACGACGAGUUCCCGGAAGGCUUCGUCAAGGGCGAGAACGGGUUCGACUUCCAUGUCUACUACAUCCCCUCCGACCCCGAGUCGGCGAAGCACGCCAAGGAGCUUCACGACCGAAUCAGAAAGGAGUUCCCUGAGCUUGUCAUCUAUCGGUUCUGGGACAAGCCGAUGGGUCCCCACCCUACUGCCAUGUUCGAAGUCGACACGCAGAACCCGCACCAAACAGGCGCAUUUUUCUCGUGGCUCGCCGUCAACCGCGGCCCGUGCGACGUGUUGGUUCACCCCAACACUGGAGACGCAUACAAGGACCACACGACAUUAGCGACUUGGAUGGGCAGGCAGUGGCCACUGUACGAGAAUUUGCUCCGUUGA